CAGUUUUGCUUUGCUAUGUACGUUUUUGCUGGUGUGUGAGACAGAUACCUCCCAGGUCUUUCCAUCCUCCUGUAGUGGACCAACUGCUUAGUCUAUGGAAGCUCAUGGGAAAUUCUGAAUGGGAUCACAAACGAGGACCCAGAGGAUCACAGUCUUCUGGUACCAGUAUCACGGUGGAUAUUGCUGUCAUGGGAGAAGCACACGGGCUCAUUACAGACCUUCUGGCAGAUCCUUCACUGCCUCCCAAUGUGUGUACUUCGCUGAGAACAGUGAGCAACCUGCUGAAUACACAGUUAACCUUCCAGGCCAUCCACAAGCCAAGGGUGAACCCUUUGGUGUCCUUCAGUGAGAAUUACACUUGCUCUGACUCGGAAGAAUGUCCAGAGAAAGGAGAAAAACUAGCUAUUCCCAAGCGCUUACGGAGAAGUUUGCCUCCAGGACUGCUGAGACGAGUGUCCUCCACUUGGACCACAACAACAUCAGCCACAGGUUUACCCACACUGGAGCCAGCCCCAGUGAGAAGAGAUCGCAGUGCCAGCAUCAAACCUCACGAAUCAUCUUCAUCCAGCACUGACUCUUGGAACAGCUCCCUUCUGAUGACAAUCACAAAGAGCCGGUCCUUCUCUACAUCUUAUGCCAUGUCUCCUACCAACCACCUGAAUGCCAAAAGGCAGAGCCGCCAAGGUAUCCCACCAAAUAUUUCACCACUCACCUCUCCAUGCCAUUCACCUCUUCAAGGGACGCCUGCUACAAGUCCUACCGGAAAAACAUCUUCUGUGUCAUUUCCAGACUCUACAGAUACUGACACCAAGCAAGGUUUAAAGCCACACAAAGUCUUAACUGCUACUCAGAGUGCACCUAGCCUGUCAGAACCUAACAUCAGCCCCUCUGUUAUCUGCAGCAGCUGCGGCAGACCCUAUAACCAAAUAGAAGCCGGUGAUGGUACACUAGAUAGAAGCGAUGGUACCACCCACACCCUGAACAGAACAGAUGAUCCUGCACAAGCCACUUCUGACUAUGAGACCAACAACAGUGACAGCAGUGAUAUCGUACAAAAUGAUGAUGAGACAGAUUGCUCCAAAGAAAAGGCACGGAAGGGAUCUGUCUGUAGGACGUAUGCGCCUGAGACCAUCAUUCUGCAUCCCUUGAUACCACCUGAGGACAAGCCUGUACUCGCUCCUGAGCCUCUGGUUAUGGACAACUUGGAUCCUCUAAUGGAGCAGCUUAACAGCUGGAACUUCCCAAUCUUCGAUUUGGUGGAAAAAAUUGGAAAGAAAUGUGGUCGGAUUCUCAGUCAGGUAUCAUACCGGCUUUUUGAAGACAUGGGAUUGUUUGAAACCUUUAAAAUUCCAGUGAGGGAAUUUAUGAACUACUUCCAUGCCUUGGAAUGUGGAUACCGAGAGAUACCUUACCACAAUCGAAUCCACGCAACUGAUGUUCUGCAUGCCGUGUGGUACCUUACUACUCAGCCCAUUCCGGGACUCCCAACUGUGAUUAAUGAUCACGGGUCAGCAAGUGAUUCAGAUUCUGACAGUGGAAUCACUCACGGCCAUAUGGGUUAUGUGUUUUCGAAGACAUACACACCUACAGAUGACAGCUACGGAUGCCUAGCUGGCAACAUCCCAGCCCUUGAGUUGAUGGCUCUUUAUGUAGCUGCAGCCAUGCAUGAUUAUGAUCAUCCAGGAAGGACUAAUGCCUUUUUGGUAGCAACAAGUGCUCCUCAGGCAGUGCUGUACAACGACCGCUCCGUUCUGGAGAACCAUCAUGCUGCUGCUGCCUGGAACCUUUUCAUGUCAAGGCCAGAAUACAACUUCUUGGUCAACCUCGACCACGUGGAGUUCAAGCAUUUCCGCUUUCUUGUCAUCGAGGCAAUUUUGGCUACUGACCUGAAGAAACACUUUGAUUUUGUUGCCAAAUUUAAUGCCAAGGUGAAUGAUGAUGUUGGGAUUGACUGGACUAACGAGAAUGACCGCUUACUGGUUUGCCAAAUGUGUAUCAAACUGGCUGACAUAAAUGGGCCUGCAAAAUGCAAAGACUUGCAUCUACAGUGGACAGAAGGCAUUGUCAAUGAGUUUUAUGAACAGGGUGAUGAAGAGGCUAGCCUGGGCCUGCCUAUCAGCCCUUUCAUGGAUCGCUCUGCUCCUCAGCUGGCACACCUCCAGGAAUCCUUCAUCACUCACAUUGUGGGACCACUAUGUAACUCCUAUGACUCAGCAGGGUUGAUGCCAGGAAAAUGGAUAGAAGAUAGUGAUGAAUCAGGAGACACUGAUGAACAUGAAGAGGAAGAAACAGCAGAAAUGGAAACUUGUGAAAAUGCUGAAUCCAGAAAGAAGAAGUUCAAGAGGAGGAAAAUCUACUGUCAGAUCACUCAGCACCUGCUUCAGAAUCAUAAAAUGUGGAAGAAAGUAAUCGAGGACGAGGAGAGGUUAGCUGGGACAGAGAAGCAAGGCGCGGAGCAAUCCACACUGCACCCAUCUUCAGAACAAAUUCAGGCCAUCAGGGAAGAGGAGGAGGAGAAGGGGAAGUCCAAGAGAGAUGAAGAAGAGAACACAACUGUAGAACCGAACCAAUGACAAUAUUUACAGCAGUAUUUUAAGACAGAUUGACUCGUGCACAGACUCUUUCUCAAGCCAGCACAGCAUUUAGACACAACACUGUAGAAGUAUGGGAUUAUGCGCCUACAGCUGUUUAAUUUGUUUCUCUUUCCUUUUUAUGGUGAGGUACAUUGUUUAAACUCCUGUGCUCAAGGAAGCUUUCACACUGCUACACCGGCUUUUACAGACUUUCUUUAAAGAGAUUUGGGGCGGGGUGGGGAGUGGAAUUAUAUAAAUAUAUAUAUAUAUAUAUAUAGCCAGGGUUUUUGGCUGCGCACUUCAGCAAAAUACAUUUAAUGAUAUAUUAUGGUCACUGUGAUAUUUACAGAAGGAAGUUAUCUAAAGAAAUGCUGUUUCUAAAGCACAUUUGCAGUUAACAGCAAGGUACCAGUUAAGUAGCUUUUGCUCUUAAUACUGAGGGAUAAAAGUUUCAAAGCUUUACAUGUAUCCUGCCAACAUAUAUGUAUAUGAGGGGGGUGCUCGUGUGUGUGGGUGGAUAUAAUGUCAUAUAGCAGAGUUUGAGACUAACUGUAGCACAUCCCGAUACACAACAAUGAACAGGAGGCCUAAAUUUUAAGAAUUUGUGCCCAUGAGGAGGCUCAAGACCUUUGUGAGGAGCUCUACAUUCCCAUCCUCCUCUGAGGAGCGGGCUGCAUGCUGGCCGUGUCUCCAGCUCAUCUUCCUUCUCCUCCUCCUCCUCCAGCACCUCCCAGACUGCUGGCAAAGGGAUGUGCCAGGGCGCUUAUUCCAGGAGGGUUACGAGGGGUUGUGCAGCACGCUGCCUGUGAAAGGCCCUGGCCCUCUGUCCGCCUCUGAGUGCAAGAAUGGUGUAUAUGUUUGAGCAGGAGGCAGAAGAGAGCAAACGUGUGUGUAUGCAGAAACUAGAGGCAACACUGCCAUCUUUCCACCCAGACCUUAUGCCUCCACACAUCAGUGGCCAAAUAUACCAUUUAGGAGUGAAGCUAAGCACCAUCUCUUGAGAGCAAAAGAAGGGAAGUGUGGGGGUCAUGCCAUUUCUCAGAAUAAAAUGCGAACAAUGCAUUAGGAGAAGGGUUGGAGAAUGGUGCCAGUCCUGCGGAUGUCUCAGCAACCACUCACAGGAGCUUCGGAGAGCUUGGAUUUCAGUGCAAGGUGCUGGCUGGGAGCAGUUUGUUGCUGGUGUUCUGCCUAGAAGCAGCGUGUUUGAUCCCACCAGUAUACUUAUGAGUUUUUUUCUUUUUUCUUUUCUUUUUCAAGUGAGAGGAAAAGAUCGGUCCUGUAGAAGAGCAGAUCUUUUUUGAUUCAUUCUGUUUGUUUUUCUCUGUUGUUUAUGCUGUGAGCCAAAUGUCUAUUUAAAAGGUUGAAUAUUCACUCUCAAUAUUUUAUUUCACAAUAUUAUAUUUGUCAAUGAUUAGCUAUCUAGAUGUAAAUAUCGAAAAAUUUUUAUGGGUUCCUGUAGAUAAUGAUAUCUUUAAGAAAAAAAAAAAAAGAAAAAAAGGGAAAAGUUUUUUUGUAAAGCUAAUUUUUUUAAAAAUAAAUACAAAGUCAUUUUUAUAUAGUGUAGCCAUUUCCAGACCCAACAAAUAAGGUCUUAAGUAAUAUGUACAGACCCUUCUGGGAAGCCACUGGUCUUACAGGGUCAUGGCUUUUACAUAUUAACGCUCUUUGGGACUGGCAACACCGUCCAGUACCACAACAUUUAGAGUGUUUUUUUUUCCCCACAAGAAGAGCUAUAUAUAUAUAAAGCUCAGUAUUUCUGUAGAAAUGAUUUGACUGCAUAUUCUCUUUUAUCCUAAUCCUGCAGCCCCUUGCCAAGAAGAGGAUUGCCUGUGGGAGUAAGAAGGCUUGUGAAAGGAAGAGUUUGUAGGAGAAGUCCUUUCUAUGUUAAAUUGCUGACAUUGCAUCCAUCACUUUUUACCAUUGUUAUGCAUUCACUGUACUUCAUGAUCCUAUUGAUACCUCGCCCAAAACAUUCUCUGUCAAAGCCAAAGUAUGUUGUCACUUCAGAGAAUCUUUUUGCUUUGCAUUUCUGAUAGAGUGAGAUUUGCUGGAAAAGAGGAGUUUGGUUUCUCACCAGUAGAGAUGUUUACAUUUUGACAGAAUGACUGUAGAGCGUGGUUCUGGAUGCUCUUAUCAGCAGAAAGAUUUAGAUAGUGGUUUUCAAUGAAAUCAGAAAAACAAAGGUCCAAACUGAACUAUUAUUUUAAUCUGAAUGGAUAGAAUUCGUUCAAAAGAAAGAGACAUCUCACGUGUUCUCCAAGAUCUCAGCAAAUCUCCAAUUCCAGCUUGCCCGAUUUCAGAGUGCAUUUUUAUUAACUCAGGUCUUUUACAGUGAGGGAUUGCUGACAGGCUUAAAAUCAGAUGAUCUUUGGUUCUAUCCCAACUGGAGGCAAUGCCUGCAAAGAAGCAGAAGUAGCUGGGACUGGUUAACUGGGUAAGAGGUAACUUUUUUUUGCACUCCACAUAGUUACUGGUAGAAUCCAGUUUCUGCAGUGUUCACUCCUUAUCAACCUACAUUUCUGGCAGGAAAUAAUCAGGGAAUUCCCAAGGUCGAUAUACAUAUAACACAAAGAAAUGCCAGAGAAAUUUUGUAUCAAAUGUGUGAAUACAGUUUUUUACUUUUUUUUUUUUUUAGUAGCUAGUGAAGCAGGCUGUUUUUCAGUGGUUGGAGUUUUUGUUUUUUUUAUGUACUAGUUUCUAGUCCAAAGGAGGCAAAACUAUUGAGCUGCAGUUGCAGCAGUGUUUCUGAGGCUAGACCUUGAUGGUUUUCCACUUUGUGCAGUCCUUUGGUAGUGCAAACCCCAAAUAAACCACAACCUGUGCAAUAUGUUUGGAAAAGAAAAUUGUAUUCUUUCAUCAAAGCUUUCAGAUUUCAAGUGGGAUAUUUUAAAUGUUAGUAUGACUUUCUGUAUGUACAUUAUGUAAAGGGGUUGGUUAAAUGCUAGAGAAAGAAAGCCCUAUCUAGUGUUUUGCAGUUGAAAAAUAACAUGAGCCAUACAUGAGAAGUUGUGGGAAUUUACUAUGAGAAAGGAAUUCUCCAGUGCUCCUUGAAGAAUUUUCAUUCUCCUUAUUCUGUGAGCGAAGUCCCUUACAGAAAGCUGGAGAAAUGGUUAUGUGUCACCAAUGCCUGCGACCUCGUGCUGGCUUUCAGAGAAAAUGCCUGUCACAUUCUGGGAGUGGGUGGUUCCCAGGCCAUUGUGAUUAAAGAAUGCAUUUUUCACCAAUGCAAGGAUAGUCAGUCAUCAGUUUUUACUCUGAUAUCAUGCGUGAACAUCUCUACAUCAUCAAGUUAAAAUCCUGGAUCGCAGUGGAAUUGCUCAGAACCUUUUGACUGGUGGUUUUGGGGCUUAUACCCUUAAUGUACUACCAUCAGAAGUUCUGAACAUCCUGACUGUCUGAAUGAGGAAGGAAGAUAAAUCUAUGAUGUUUCAGAUAGGUACUUCUAAAAGCAUUGUCUGGGAUCUAAUCAAGUUCCAUUCCCAAGUCCCUUUUCAUGCUUUCUAUUCUGGACAUUAAGAUCAUUUGUUUUCUGUAGAAAGUUCUCCUCAAGUCCUGCCUGCCUUUUUAGAUACAAAAACAUUUCUGAAAGUUUGGACCCUCCUUCCUUCCUUCCAUCCAUCUGUCCUUUCGUUCCUGUUAAACUGAGCACCAGUUGGUGGUACAGCCCAUGAGGAUUGUCCAGCCCAUGCCCCAGCCUGGGCACCUCCACAUCCAGUACUGCAUCCAUGCUGAGCCAUGAACUGAGUAGGUGUGGGGUGGCUGUCAGUUAAGGUACUUGACAGCCUGGGACGUAGGAUUUUAGAGAAUUUUGUCCAUUUUUAAAAUGAACCUGGUUAUAAAUGAACCAAAGGGCUGUGAGCCAGAGAAGGCACCAAUGCUUGACCAGCCAUCGCCCCAGUGAGGUGCAUCCAAUGGUCCACAUGUGGGAGAGGCAGGUGCACUCUAGCUCAUGCUAGAGAAAAACCAUAUAAGAGAAAUAGUGCUCAAUAGGUUGGAAUGGUAGCAAUGAGUUUGUGGGUUUUCUUUCUCAGAAAGCAGAGGCUUUUGCCUGCUGGAAAAUCUAUGAUUCAUACGAUUCACAGAAGAUAUAAUACUUUCAAUUGCUUUUUCAAGUACUGUUGUGGUUGAAAUGUUCCUGCGUCACUGUUUAAAAGCAGAAAAGGUUCAAUAUAAGCAUGAGCGAGAGGAUCUCAAGCAUCCCUCUGCCGUAUGGGCAGAUGAAAUCAGCUGCCUGCCUCACCUGUCUGCUGCAGCUGACAGGCAGUGCGAGGCUCAGACCCGGAUAUUGGUUUGAGAACGUGGGUGUUCCUAGCUCAGCACUGCUGUAAUUAGUCCUUGAGUUGUGGCAAACAGGGAGAGAGUCAGAGUGGCAAGUUGUGGGAAAGAGAAAAGAAAAAUGUAGUACAAUAUGAAACAAACUUUCUGCAACACACUAACUUUUCUUUCAAAAUCAAAUGUAGCCCCAUUGGAGUGAAGUAAGCCUAGGUUUUCUGGGGUUUUAAUCACAGUUUGAUGUUGCAGUGUUAGUCAAAAUGGUGGCAGCAUUAGAGGGAACUGUUCCCAGUAAUUAGGGCGGAGGAAUCUUUUUAAAAAUUUUUUUUUAAGUAACUCAACAAAUAAACCAGCCUUUGACAUCGGAAUGACUUUUAUCUAUUUUAUUAUUUUCUGAUGUUAGUAGGAGUUAAAGGAAGGAGGAAAUGUGUCUUUCAUGUGUUCUUAGUUUCCAGGCCUCCUGAGGAAAGUGCACCUGUUAAGUGUUUUUGAACCUGUGGGGGAAUAAUUGAAAUUGAGGUGAGAGCUAUCUUAAGCAAUCAUUGGAAGAGUUAGCAAAAAUAUUGAUUAUUGAAGGCAAGCCUUGAGUUAGAGCAAAAUAGCACAGUGCAUUUGAGAACAACUGAGUACGAUAAAUCUUUCUUUGAAUUUCAUCGCUUUCAUUCAGCAAAACAACAUUCCUCUGGAGGUAAAUCAAAGCAGGUCUUUAGCCCAUGCUGUGGUGGUUAUUGAAUCCCAGCAUCAGAGGCAGCAGUGUGAGAGUUACCCUCCAUUUACUUCCCAAUUAUGAUUUAUUCAGAGGCUUUUAGUGUGAUUUGCCUGGCAGGCAGGUGAUUUUUGAUGAAAAACACAUCACGCCUCCUCAGCAGGAUGCACAUGUCACCCGUGUGAGGCCCUGCCUGAAGCCCUGGGGCGAUGGAAGCCCCUCGGAGCCGGCAGGCAGCAGAGUGCUGGCGUAUUUCUGGAGAGCCCCUUUUCUCAGUGACAACAGGGCAAGAGCUUGAGCCAGUUCACAGUACUUCUUUGAUAAAUCUGAAGCGACAGUAAGCGCUGUGCCGCUUAAAAGCCUGCCAGCAGCACGUGAGGUGUGUGCAGCAAGUCCUCUGUGCUUGCACAUGUGAAACAAUCCCUUCAUCAAGGUGAUGGGGUUGGGUGUAACCAGUGGGCUGUGCUGGCAGGCAUUUGAGCUGAAGUAUGAAGUAAGCCAAGAAGGGUUUUAGUUUUCUAGUUUUCUGUUGUUAAAGAAAACUUUUCUUGGUGCUAGGGGAGGAAAGCAAUUGUAGCAUUUAUUUCAACUGAGGUUUUCAGGUGGCUAGAGUGUGCAAGUCCAGCACAUCAACUGGACAAGAGGUGAGACCCGUGCUGGUUAUGGUGGCGUAUGAGAUCUAGGUGCUGAGGAGCAUGCCGGAAUUUGCAGGUGUGGGAAGCGGUGUUCCCAGCAGUGAACUGGGUGGGAAAGCGCAAGCGGUUCUGCUUUCCAGCUGCGUGGAAGUGCAGAACAGAGAGAAGAGACUUUGUCACAGCCGUGGGCCAUGUAUCCUUUAUGACUGAAAUCUCCAGUGCUGGCUGAAGAGCCACAGAAAUCAGCUCCAACAAGCAAGGGGCAGCACGUGUCAUGCCGCAGUGAGGCAGGCGUGAGGCUGCCGUUGCAUCUUCUGGCUCACGGAGGGAGCUGCAUGGUGAGCAGCAUGGUAUGCAGCACAGGGAGGAGCAAAUGUUGGGUGUCAGUAGACUGUUGUCAGAGCAGCUGGAGAAAUGCCUGCAGUAACACAAUCUUACCCCUUGCCCACCUGGCCAUGGCUGGCUGAGCACAGUGGCUUAGAGGCUUUGCUUUCCAACACCAUCUUCCUUCACCACAGCAAACACUUAGAAAGAGACCAUGCUCAUUGCUUUAAAAUAUUUAUUUAAAGGAGAUUUGUUUGUUUUUGUACUUUUUUCCCCUGAUCCCAAUAAUUCUGCCCCUGUGCUUUUAUACAAGAAAAAACUGUGAUGUGGACAGAGAGAAAACAGUUAGGGAUUGCCAUCCCUAUCCAUACUUCUGUAGGCAGAAGCCCAUCACCUGUUCAAGCGGCCUUUCCUUUUUGAAGUUCCUUCCUGAUUCUGACACACAAUGAAAAGCUGCAUUUGAAUGCAAAGUUUUCAUUUUAGGUGUUUAUAAACCCGAAUACAGUACUGCAGAUGGUAUCAAGAAGAUCAAAGGCAGCCUUUAGAUCUGCUCUGUGGCAUUGAUGGUGUUUUUAAUAUUUCAGCCACGUCAGUGUACAUUUGGUCGUUACUUUUCUAAAGUUAAGUGUUCUUUUCUUGAGUAAUUGAUGUAAGAUGUCUGCAUGAUGGAAAGUAAUUUAAGUUCACUUUUAUAAAAGAUGUGAUUCAUGCUGUAGGCUACGUUUGUUCAACAGAUAGCAUUUUCACGGAGGGGUGGCAGUUUGUUUUUUAUUAGUGCUUUCAAUAGAACAUCGAGGGUGUUUUCCAACAGAAUCACAUUCUGAAACCUUUGCCUCAGCAACUCCAGCAGAAGCAGGAGAUUUCAAAAAUAAUGGCUUUCCAAUGCAGUUUUGCCAUCUGGGUAAAAACACGCAAGUAUGUACAUCCCAUACAAGCUAUGCUUCAAAAAAAAAAAAGAAAGAAAGAAAUGAAACUAAUUAAGAAAUCAAUUCAGCAAGGUCAAAACACUUUCUGAAUGAAAAUGUCAAGUGUGUGGAUGUGUACGAAGUACUCGAUGCCCCACUAAACUUGGGCUGAUCAUUCACGUUUUGUAUUUCUGAAUUCCCCAGAGGCCUACUGAGGCCUUUGAGUUGAGAAAGCCCCAAGGGAUUCGGCCCCAUCCUGUCCCAACCUGUGGGCUCUGGCUCCCGCACUGCUGCCCUGGGUGCCAGGGCUUGGGCAGCUUCUGUGAUGCUCGCUCAGAUCCAGCAUAGUUCCAAAUGAAUCCCUCCCAGAAUCGUUCACUUUGGAAGGUGAUAGAAAGAGGGGGAAAAUAUAUCUAUUUACAUAUACGGCUUUGAUAUACGGCCGUAUUUGAAAAGGCUUUGGGUACCUUUGUAAUUCCUUUGCAGCAAUAUUUUGAAAAAGAACUGCUGACCAAAGUGGCAAUGCAGAGAAGUGCCAUCUCGUUCAGGAUUUGUACACGCCAGUUUUUAACACAGUGUUCCUUUCACUAAGUACUGCAUACAUUAAUUUAUAUUUAUAUCUUGUCAAUAUUGUUGUAACCAAGCUUCUCCUUUUUAAACACUUCAGGAACAAGGCCUUGUAUUUUUAGGUGAUUUUCAUAAAUGGAAUAAUUCUUUUCCUUUCACUAGUAUCUUGCACUCAAUACAUGUAGCAAUACUUAAUAUAUUCUCUUCACAAGUAUUUGUUAAGUGAUUUAGUUAAUGGCUGGUCAAUGUUUUGUACAAAAUAGAUUCUGUACAGGAAAAAAAAGAUCUUUUAGAUAAACAUUAUUUAUUUUUACUGUUUUGUAAGUUAGACACUAUAAUGAAGCUCCUUUUUGCCAGAAUUACUGGAAGUGCCUCCUGGUAAAAUGUAUUAUACAGUAAAUAUGUAUUCAAAAUUAUUAGAAAUACUUGUCACAAAAUGAACAAUGUGGAUGUUGCAAUGUGAAGAUAAACGUACAACAUAAAUAUAAUUCUGUGGUAUCCUG